CUAUGGAGGGCACUACAGCUGUAACUUAUUUCACCCCCUGGGCAUAGGCUACUGGACUUCCUGGCAGAUGCACAGCAGGCAGCAAUUCAGAUGCCCUGAUGUGUUAGGGAGUUACUGUUGAAUUUCCGCUGAGCAGCUGUUAAAACCACGCGAACGACAAAAAAAAAUAAACGAAUGAGCAGAAACCUCAGGAAAAAGUUGUCUUUCCUGUUGGUGAGGAAACGGGGAGAGAGUCUAAUGCAGUGCGAUCGAGGGGAAAGGCUGUAGGUGGAUGAGGGAUUGGACCAAGCGGGGCUUGUUCCUUUCAGUACUGUUGCAGAAAACAACGAUGCCAUUUUCCCAUUCCAGGUUCAUGAGGUGGAAGAGGAAGGGAGAUGUUGUAGGUUGGGAGUGCUGGGGUGGAGGUGGACUGAGAAGUGGAGAAAGGCGACUAUGAGCGUGUUGAGAUCAGUGGAGGAAAAAAGGGAGCUGUGGUGACCAUAGAGUUUUCUUAUCGGUGCUGAAUACCUACAGCAAGGGAUGAGCAGGCAUUGGAUUGCCAGCCUCGGCUCAGGACAAAUAAUGGAGGACAGGUUUGGUGACUCGGUAUGGUUGCCCAUCUGAGACCACAAAACUGGGAUAUUGUCAGGCACCUGGUAGACCUUCAUUCCCAUUUGGUGGGCUGCAUUUAUCUUGGAGCAUUCUGAGUUGUGCAUGGUUGGCUUGUAACCCAGCUGGAGUUUGCUGUUGAGAUGAGCUGCCAGAAUUGUGUGGAGGCUGUUCAGGCAGCUCUGCAGGAAGUACCAGACAUCCAGGUGCUCGAUGUCAAUCUAGAGUCACAAAGUGUGCUGCUUCAGACCAGUCUCCAAUCUGAGAAAGUGCAUAGCCUUUUGGAAAGCACUGGGCGCAAGGCAGUACUAAAAGGAAUGGGAGGCACCCUGCCACAACCAUUUGGCAGUGCAGCAGUGGCUAUGAUAGCUGGCCCUGGAUCAGUGCAGGGUGUGGUGAGGUUCUUACAGGUCUCCCCGGAGAAGUGCCUCAUUGAUGGCACUAUUGAUGGUCUGGUGCCAGGCCUCCAUGGCCUCCAUGUUCAUGAGUUUGGGGACAUCAGCGAUUCCUGUGACAGCUGUGGGGACCACUUCAACCCUGAUGGGGAAUGCCACGGGGGCCCACAGGACUUGCACAGGCAUGCUGGGGAUCUUGGGAAUAUCUUGACUACUGAUGAUGGAAGGGCUUCUUUCCGAAUGGAAGACAACCGAUUGAAGGUUUAUGACAUCAUUGGGCGCUCCUUGGUGGUAGAUGCAGAAGAGGAUGAUUUGGGCCGAGGAAACCAUCUGGACUCAAAAGUCACAGGAAAUUCAGGCACAAGAGUGGCCUGUGGAAUCAUUGCCCGCUCUGCUGGCCUCUUCCAGAAUCCCAAGAAAAUAUGUACUUGUGAUGGAGUGACGCUGUGGGAAGAACGGGAGCGGCACAUACCUGGGCAAGGCAGGAAGGCUGCCAGCCUGCCAGCUCCUCAUCUUUAAGUUAUCUGGCUCAGCCUGCACCACCUCUACUGUAGAUUGUCUGUCUGUUUGCCCUUGGAUUCUUUGGGGCUCUGGUGUUAAUGGGGUUGACUAUGGCUGGUUUCCUGCUCUUACCAAUACCAGCUGGGUCUAGAAACCUGGACAGCAGUCUUCCCCUUGCAGUGGCAUGGGUGGGAUGCAUAUAUUUUUGAUUGGCCAGCUUCAUUUACAAGUGGAAGUGAUUGCAGAGCAACUCCAUGCAUGGCCUUGUGAACUUUGCUCUAUCAAGAAACAUUCCAUGAAGGGCAAUUGCCCUCUGGGUAGAGCUCUCAUGCUCAUAUUGUUUUGACCUUGCCCUGUUUGAGAAUGCUUUUUUUCCUGCUCUUACUGUGCAACUAUCUUUCCCUGAGCCUCCCUCCUUGUCUUGGACCUCUUACACAUCAGUUAGAGGGUGGUUCUUGCUCCUCCUGAUUGACUGUGGCAAGCAGAAAUCAAUUACUAGUAGGUGCAGCAAUAAGGAAGUGCAGUAAAGGCAGAAGCUUAGCCUGUUGUAUAACUGCUGGUCAUGAAACAUUAAAGCUUCAUCGCUUAGCCAGGGAGGAGUUAGCACCUUGGAAAGUCAAAAAUGACUUUUGCUGUAAAGGAACGCCCCAUCAGUUUAACCUGGCUUUUGAACUAGGAAAAUGUGUGACCAGUGGCUGUCCUGCUUUUAUGGAAAAUUGUUUGUACUCUUUGUGUCCCUGGCAGGUACAUGAAUUAAGUGCUUACUAGUGCUGUCAUAGGUAUGUUUAAAUAAUGUUAAUUGCCAAGUAUUGUACCAAAGUGCCUUAGUUUGAGACUUGCUUACACAGUUCUCUUUUUGGAACACUAUUUUCUCUGUUGUCACCCAGUGGUAGGAUUCUCAGAUGGGUGUCCUGUAAGAUGGGAAGGAGAAUCACCCUCAAUGAUCUUGCAUAUGAAGCUUCCUUUAUAAACUCCUUUGGCCAUAUACUUGCAGUCUGACAACUAAUCACCUUUCUCCCACUGUCAGUGCACACUGAUAGACAAAGCAGGGAAUCAUCAUCCAAGAUAGAAAUUAUGAGUGACAGCAAUGCAAUAGGUUACAUGUUCUGGAUUGGUUGAUUAAUACAAUCAUGUUUUUGAAUUUGUGAAGUAGGGAUUCUCUCUGUUGCUUUGUGUGUUGGACAGACAGAAUGCACAGGUGUGCAUUCUCUCAGCCUGUUGUCUUAAAUCAGAUAUUAAAUUUUACAUUCUUACACUCA